AUGGAGCAAUCAGCACAAAACCCCAUGCAGGGCUUACCUCAUGGGAAUUCUUCACUACCUGCAGAUUACUGGAGCACGCUUGAUCCCGCGUACCCCGAUCCCGAGCAGCAGAUUCAGCAGCCACCUCAGCCUCAACAGCAACCUCAACAGCAGCACGAUUCUGCAUCACAAUCAGCAUCUCUUGGCAUUGGAUGGGACCAUCCUGUUUUCCAACACCAACAAAGAGAUACAGCCCCACGAGCAGAGCCAAACCAUGGCAUUUACUCGUCGGUGCAUCAGCCUUGGCAGCAAGCAAAUCCUCUGCAACAGCCACCGCAGCGAGGAUAUGGAGCUUCGGCCCAAUUUCAGAUACUCCCGCAAGCUCCUCAUUUCCAGCAGGGACAGAUAUCCUUUGACUCUCAUCCCCUGAAUGCAUCCGAAUCUUCGGCAUUUCCGUCAUUUUCCUACCAGCCAAAUUACUUCCAUCCACAACACCCACAUAUCUCAGUACCAGACACUUUCUCCGAAGCAUCUACGCAGCAGAGAAUACAGCCACGGCUGCAGCAACAACCCCAGCCAUCGGUUUCUCCAUACCCUUUACCUCAAGGGUACUCCUCAGAGAUGCUGCAAAACACAAUUGAUUUGACCAACGACUACCCUGACACAGACCCAAAUGUCACCAUUAACCCCCAGUUCCUAAAUUCCACCCCGCAGGCAUUCAAUCAACAGCAGUCUUCGUUAGCAAGCAACUUUCUUCAGGGAAUGCCUGCGGAUUUCCAGCGACAAGGGAGUGAACAGACCAGGCUAUUCAAUUACUACCAGCAUGAUCUUUCAGUUCAGCCACAGAUGACACCAACUGGCAACUCGGCGCUUCCGCCUAGAGGAUUCCCAAUGCCGGAAGUUGUAAUCACCAAUAAGAAGGGUGCUUAUAAUAAGCAGCAAACAAAGAAGACUUCUGCACAUGGCCAAACCAGAACUGUAUCUAAGUCAGAAAGUGAAAGUUCGGAUGAAUCCGAUCUUGAGAUCGAAGCGCCUGACGAGCCGUCUCCUAUCCCUCCGAUCCGUCCGACUGAGCCCGAGGCUGCCGCGCAAUAUGAUACCCUCCAAGCCGUGUGGUCACCAAGGAACAAAUGGCCUGGUCCUGAGAAGGUCAAGAACGCGCUGGUAGCCUACAAAGAGCUUGUCAAAUCAUUGAGAGAUGCAUGGAAGGAACAAGUUCAGGCGAUGAAAUUAGCCGAAAACGAAGAGGACAACAAGAAAGCGACAAAGCUCAAGGAAAAGGUCAUUUCCCAACGUCGCAGUAUGGAUAAAAUUGCGAUCACAACACUAGAAAUGGGUCAUCCCAAUAUUGUUGAGAAGCUGGGAGAGCACCCUAUGAUUGUGGCGGCUCUAUAUUCCUUCUUGCUCGACCGUUUCCAAGCAGCAGACUUUGCUGGGACUCUGACUAUUAAUCUGCUUUCGCUCUUCUCGCGUUUCACGAGUUUGACAGAAGACCUGUUGCAAAAGACCAAUCUUUCCAAAUUACUCCCCAAGUUCCUCAAAAAAGGUGGUCAGCAGGUUAAGGACCUCACACAGAAGAUCCUGGAUAAUGCUGCGGCCUGGACGAAGCGUAAGCAGGAUAGUGAAAAGCCUGCGAAAGAAGAGUCGCAUCCAAAGGGCCUUUCAACAGACCAGCCUAAGGGAGAGACUGGAGUGAAGCGACCCCGCGAGGCGGAUAGCAACCUGCAACCUGGCGCAAAACGAAUGGCGGCUACCAACACCUCGAAGGAUGUGAAUAAAGUUGCACCCGCAGGCAAUGGAUCAGCCAAGGGAGCACAAAGUAGUAAGCCAACCGGCCCUGCAGCGCUGCGACCUAAGGCCAAUAUCGUGGCUCCCAAGCCAACAAGUCUCUUUGGAACUUUAAGCUCAGCGUCAAAGAGACCCGGGACCACAAAUGCGGAUAGGGCUGCCGCCGCCGCUGCAGCAAAACCAACUGCUCCCCCCGAAAAGGAAAAGACAACACCAGCACCGAAACCAGCUUUCUCCUUUGGUGACAUUAUGGCCGACUUGAACAAACCGAAGCAGGCACCAACCCCCAAGCCCACCGAAGACCAGCCCCCGGAGACUGAAGCUGAGCGGGCAAAGAGGUUGCGUAAAGAAGAGCGCCGUAAACUUCGCGUGACCUGGAAGCCGGAUGAUGCUCUUGCUGAAGUUCGACUAUUCACCCACGAUCCCGAUGAAGAAUUAGGCCCCGGCGACGGGUCAUUGCGUUCACGGGGAGACGUUAAAGGCGAAGGUAGUGUUCUUAAGCUUCACAAAGAUAUGGACGAACUGGAAGAAGAGGACCUUGGCGGUAUUCGCGAGACCGUAUAUCAAGAUGGUUAUGCUCUUUCGAUGGUCGAUUUCGAUUUCGACGAAUCAAAAGCUGACAGUUUCAUCAAACGCGGUGGCCCCCAGUUGCCAACCAGUCCCGAGAGGGAGGCUCAGGAGCAUCGAGAAUCCACUACCCUUAUGGUCUUCUAUACGUCUCCUGCCGACAUGCCUGACACACCCAAGGAGCCACCGACUCCUGGCCCCGACGAUGUUGUUACUGAUGUAUUGCCUUUCGGAGAAUUGCCCGACUUGGUCAAGGUCCGUCAGGAACGUUACUACUCCUAUGUGAACCCCAAGCCCACGGCCCCCCAACAGCCGCAGCAACCUACUGCCGGGAACAGUGGAUUCGACAUCUCCAAUUUGCUCAAGAUCAUCCAGGGUGUGCCUGGACAGGCGCAGCCAAUCCCACCACCGCAGCCAACCCAAUCCGGGGGCAUGCCGGAUCUCGAGAGGACCAUCAACAUGUUCCGUCAGCAACAGCCUCAAGCCCAGGUUCCCCCGGCUCCACCAGUACCCACUGCUCAGCCCCAAGGCCUUGACUUCAACGCGAUCUUGAAUGUCAUGAAACAAAUGCAGGGGCCGGCUGCAUACUCUCAGCCUCAGCAAUCGCAAUCAGCAAUGGCACCCAACCUCGGCGCCAUGUUCGCACAAUUCGGUGGGCAGAACCAGCAAGUCGGUUCUCUCCCAUUCCAACAGCAAGGCCAUGACUAUGAAGACCCAGAGCGCAAGCGAGGCCACGAGGGCAGUUAUUAUGACGAGCAGUCUAACUCCGAAUCGUGGAGUCGCUCGAAACGGACCAAAGUUGGCGCCAACGAGGCUAAGCCUUAUAAGGUGGGAUUAGUUGCCUGCAGAUUCUGGGCUGAGGGCAAGUGUCGCAAAGGCGACAACUGCACUUUCCGCCACGAUCCUCUCUAA